AUGCCAGCUAUAAUAAACGUUGUUUCAAUAGUAGACGAUUUACAGCCUUACUACACACGAACGCCAAAGCCAUCUAUGUGGCUUCCACGAACAUGGUGCCUUAAAAAUAAUAUACGUCCAAACCAAGUUUUGUCUCUCCGUUCUUACAAUCAAAGUCAAUCAUCUGAUCAAAAUUGUACAAAAAUUUUCGCUUCAGUAAAAUUAUAUUCAAAAUAUUCUGUUUUAUUUCGUGAUAAUCCUUCAUUCCCCGAUAAAUUGGAUUUUCAAUUACUGGACCUAUCACAAAAUUCUAAUAUUUCGAAUAUAAAAAAUGAAUUUGAUAAGGGUGAAUCGCAAGUUGUUAUUUCAAGAUUACUAGCUUGUAAUCUAGGUAUUUGUUCAUUAUUUGGCAAAAUGGAUAAUUUGGAUUUUCCUAUACGAUUAAAUCUUAUUGAAGUGGUCAAUAACAUUCCAAUUGCAACUUGUGUCAUUUUGUUUGGUAUAAUCAACAAUUUUGCAAAUAUUCAUCAUGAUAAUAAUUCAGUGAAUAACCAAAUCGAUAAAAAUCUUAUUAGAAGGGUUCAUUUAGGAUCUAUUGUUUCAACUAAUACUUGGAUUUGUUAUCAAGGAUGUAAUGGAAUGCAGUUUUUAAAAGUUUUGAAAACUUUUAUAAACGAUGAUGAUACGAAAUUAUCAGCUUUAACAAUCAAAAAUACAAUCGCAUCAUCAAUUGAACCAGAGGAUCAUGUUUCAAAGAUUUCUGAAUCAACAAAGAUUGAAAUUACUUAUGAUCCGAACGUGUUAUUUGUAAGAUGUCAGAUGGAUGGUCUACAAAAGAUUUAUCAACCUAUAUUUUAUGAACCAAAGUUUCAGGAUAAAUCUAAAUGGUUGGAGAGAAUAUUUAAACAAAUUGGAGGUUUAGAUGAUAUUAUUUUAGGCAUUAUUGAACAGAUACAUACUUUUAUCGUGACUGCAUUGUGUGGAAAAUUUAGAAAAGGUGUGAAAAGAAGUAAGGGUAUAUUGUUGGUAGGCAAAUCUGGAACAGGCAAAACAUCACUUGCCUUGUGUAUAGCUGAAACAUCAAGGUUACCAUAUGUAGUAAUAAAUUGCCCAGAUAUGUUCAAAACCGAUGAGGGUGAUGCAGAGAAAGAAAUUUGUUUAAUAUUUGAAUCAUUGUUACGUCACAGAGUUUCCAUUGUCAUAUUGGAUGAGAUCGAUAUUAUUGCCGAUACUUUUGCAAGUACUCGUGCAGGAGUGGAAGCAAAGUUAUUUUCAAUAAUUAUAAAGUUGAUUGACUCAAUCAAUGAAAAUGUCUGGGAAAAUCCAUACAAAGGUCAGAUAUUUAUUAUUGGGUUGACUAAUCGUCAUCAUGUGAUUAACAGCAAUCUUUAUCGCCCCGGAAGACUCGAUCGUAUCUACGAACUCGUUAUUAAAAAGCCGGAUCAAAGAUUUGGAAUUUUAAAAAUAAUGGCAGAGAAACUUCCAUUUGUUGAGGAGCAAAAGGAUUUAAUAUUGCAAAAAAUCAGUAGAGUGACACAUGGAUUUGUUGCUACCGAUUUACAAUAUCUUUGCACACAAGUUGCAACGCAGCUGGUUAGGGAGCAUAAUAAACAUAAUAAUAGUGGUUCAAAUGAGGAUCCAAAUAAUCCACACACGCUUGUUAGGCUACAGCAUUUUGAAGAAACUCUUAAAUUUAUUAAGCCUUCGAAUUUAAAUGAAUUUCAGAUAAAGAUUCCAAAUAUACGAUUUUCCGAUAUAUUUGGUAUUGAUGAAAUUAUUGAAGAUCUCAAAUUGACCGUAAUUGAACCAUUCCAUAAUCCGCAAGAGUAUAUCAAAUUUGGAAUUUCACCACCACGUGGAAUUCUAAUUUACGGUCCACCAGGUGUUGGAAAGACAAUGCUUAGUUGUGCUAUACCUGCUGAAGCUGGAAUAAAUUUCAUGUUGGUUGAGAGUUCACAUGUCAGAUCAAAAAUUGUUGGUGAAUCAGAAAAUAAUAUUUCAAGGAUGUUUGCCCAAGCAAAAGCCAAUUCUCCUUGCGUUUUAUUCAUUGAUCAAAUCGAUAUUUUGGCAUCAAUUAGAGGUACCAAUGCAACAUCUGAAAAUACAGAAGAUCGUAUUGUUACAAGUUUUUUGACAGAAAUGGAUGGCAUUUUUACAUCGAGAAGUAGGGAAGGGCCUGAGGUUGAUGUUUUAGUUAUUGCAGCGACAAAUAGACCUGAAAUUAUAGAUUCGGCACUUUUAAGACCUGGCAGAUUGGAUCAACAUAUUUAUAUUCCACCGCCGAAUUUUGAGGUUGAU